GAUAGAGAGAGAGAGAGAGAGAGAGAGAGAGAGAGAAAGAGGGAGUAAGAGUAAGAGUGAGAGGGAUAGAACAAGAGUUGUGAGUCCUCUUGAGCAACAGAUACGUAAAGAUACACCUGGAGAACACCGCAAACCCCUUCAAUUAGCUCACCCAGGACGAGCUAAAUUCAGGAUCGGGAAUUUCGUUCUAUUUUAAAAUGGUUAUCAAUCUGAAUCCAACGACGCUGACUAAUGCGAACGGUCACAGCAGCCCAAUGGCCAUCAUUAGCCAUACGGUAAUGGAUGAUAUCGUCUAUAUGCAUGUGGUAUGUCCGGGCGAUGAGAUCUCCAAGUGGGUAACCUUAGAGGAGGCAUUGGCCCUAUGCCCGGCGGCAGUCAUUGCCUAUACGCAGCUAACGCUGGCGCACCUCUUUGGCUCGCCCAUUGAUGAUCAGGAGCCCAGUCUAUUUGACUGAUAUCCGAGGAGUCGCUCGCUGUCGGCGUCUGUCACCUUUCUAUGACUGCUCCCUCUGCUUGAAGCCUCGAAACUGCCACCACACUAAUACACGAACACAACGAAAACCUAUCGAUAGCUUAGACAGCAACCACAGCAAGCAGAUUCA